UAAAUGUUAUCGGACUCAUUCCUCGAAAAGUAAUCAAGGCAUGUACGUGUACAAGUACAGGAAGAAUAUGAAUAUCCUGAACAAGAUGUCAAUUUUAAAGGUAUCAAUGAAAUAUUAUUUUAGGUCAAUAUUUGUCUACAGAAUUGAAAAAUGGACCUAUUGAAAUAAGAGAAUUCAAAAACAUAAAUUGUAUUAUACUAUUUUUCUUAAUAUGGGUCUUGAUGAUUUAUUGUGCAAUAACCGCAUGGGGGAAAGGAAAUAUUUAUGACAUAUAUAUGCCCUACGAUUGUGUAUAUUAAAACAAUAAUUUUAGAUGUAACGAUAAUGUGGAAGGGGUAUUACCAAAGACUAUCCAAAUGUUUAUAUAUUAAGUGAAUUGGAGUAUUAUUGUGUUUCUCAUUGUCCUAAGAUAAGCGAAGUUGGCUUAGAGCUUCCUUGCUAUCAAUGUUCUGCAAAACUAGCACCCUAUUCCGCCAAAUUAUUUUUUACUUUGUGUGUCCCUCCUAAAAAUGAAGACCCAAUAUAUCAAUUUUUGGUGAAUAAAAUUAACAAUGUCGGGGAUACUUAAGAAUAUUAUGCAAUUAUUCAAGAGACUUGGCCUAUAAUUUUGGCUUGUGCUGGAAUCGGAUUUAUUAUUUCUGUCAUAGUUCUACUUUUGGUUAGUUUUGAAGCAGGAUGUGUGGUUUGGGGAAUGGUUGCUUUAAUUAUCUCGCUCGUAUUUGGGUUGGCAGGAACGUUUUAUUUAUCAGCUUUAGGCUACAUUGGAGGGGUUAAAGAUGAGGAUACUGCUAAAUUUCUCAAAAUAUGUGCUUACGUGACUAUAAUUGUUGGAAUAGCAGUAAUUAUUUUAGUGAUCUGUUUGGCUAAAAAAGUCAAACAAGCCAUCAUUAUACUGAAAGCAGCUGGUGAUUUUAUAAGAUCGGAGUAUUAGGUUAUUUUUGUUCCAUUGUUUAUGUAAUUUAUAAUAAUUGGAGUAAUGGCCUACUGGGUAAUAUUCUCUGCUCUCAUAUUUUCAACUACCAGUAAUGAAAUCACAACCAAAAAUAAUCCUUAUGUUAUAUUAAAUAUGGAUCGUAUAACCUUUUGCGAAAUACUUUUAUAUUUAUUUGGUAUGGGUUGGAGUGUUUGUUUUUUAAAUGCACUAACUCAAUUUGUUAUCUGUACCUGUUGCUGCUAUUGGUAUUACAGCCAUUAAGGUUGUUCAAGAAAAGGUACAAUUAAAAAAGGUUUUCGUAAUGGGCUCACAAAAAAUUUAGGUAGUCUUUUAUAUGGUGGAGCCAUUUUAUCUUUUGUAUGGGUGAUUAAAUAUAUCUUGUAAUAAUUUAGUGUAAUUAAAAAUUUUAGUAAAUUAGCGCUUUUAUAAGUGGAUAUUUAAAAUUUAGAAACACAUCCCUUAUAUUUGUUAUUGUUGUUUAUACACGAAAUUAUGCGCUCGUUUUUUUGAUCAGUUUCUUAAGUUUUUGGAUGAAAAUGCUUAUACACUUAUUGCAUUAACAGGUGAUGACUUUUGCCGUUCUGCAGUUGAUGCCUUCUAUCUUGAUUUUAGAAAUUCUACUCGUGUGAUGAUCUCUCAAGGAUGUAUUAACUAUUUAAAUUUUAAUAUUAGUGGGCGUGAUUUUUCAAUAUUUGGGUAUUAUUGUUAUUGGAGUUGCUUCAGCCUCAUUGUGUUACUUUACUGUUUAGCAUUAAACCAAUGUUUUGGAUCCACUUAUUCCCUCUUUAGUAAUUCUAAUAAUAGUCAAUUUUUAGUUGGUCUUGUUUAUAUCCGGUUUUAUUGGUUCGAUUUUCAUGAGUGUAUAUGGAUAUGGAGUUGAUACUAUAAUGUUCUGUUUGAUUGUUGAUAUUGAAUAAAAUUAAAACGAAGGAGGUCCAAAAUCAGUCCCACCAGUCCUUAAAAAAUAUAUCAUAGAAGAAAAAUGA